AUGGCACCUACAUCCCAUCUUCCUUUAUUUGGCGGAGUCCGCGCCUGGUCCCAAAACGACUGGACCUCCUCCGAUGACCGCGUCCGUGGCGGCUCCUCUCAAUCCGAACUGACCUGCUCCGCCUCUUCAUUGAUCGCCAAAUUCCACGGCACCCUCGACAUCAAGACCCUCGGCGGUGCCGGUUUCGCUUCGCAACGUACAAGAGGGGAAGACCGGACAUGGGAUCUCUCCGCGUACGACGGCAUUGAACUAGUCAUCGACAGUGCAGACGGCAAGCUGUACACUCUCACAUUGAAAGAUGAGAUUCUCCCCAAGCGCCCUGAUGGUCGGGAGCAAAGCACGAUAAGCUGGGAAUUUGAUUUCCGGGCUCAGGGCCGUCGGACGAUUUUCGUCAAGUGGAGCGAUUUUAGGGCUACGUAUCGUGGGAGGGAUAAAGAUGAUGCUGAGCCGUUGGAUUUGAAGAGGAUCAAGAGAUUCGGUAUCAUGAUUAGGAGUUUCUUCGGUGACCAGGAAGGCGCGUUUGCACUUAAUCUCGUUUCUAUUGCGGCACUUCGGACGGAGCGAUACCUUGACGAGCCCGAUGAUGAGUACAUUGAUGAUUUUCUGUAUGAGAAAUCGGCAGCCGAGGCCGCUUCUUCAGAGCAGGCUGGAGGACGUCGAGGGUGGUUCAGCUGGUUGACUUCAUGCAUUCUCUAA